CAUGGGAGAUUUUACAGUAUGUCUUGAACAAUCACACACCCUGUGACUAGAGACCUUUGACACGUGUGGUAGCCUUACUCUUAACAAAAAGGCCCAACACAUCUGUCUAGCACUAGGCUUUCUAUUAGUGUCUGAGGCAUCCUCCACAUCAGACAUUAUUAUUCCACAACAUCAACGUUCACGAUGCAGACUCAUGUUGAAGUCAUCUCGGAUGCCACAUACAAGGGAAGUAAUUGGCCCUGAAAUGAAAACAGGCAUGCUACAUUGGCUCCUCAUUGUGUAAUUAGACCUACUGUUGAAGAGGUCAUUAGUUGUCCCCAGGGCAAAACACAACGCUGGAGCUGCUCACAUGAUUGUGCUGUGACUGUCUUCUGAGCGUAUGCUUGUGUGAAUAUUUGUGUGUGUUUUCUUCAUUGGCUGGGCCAGCAAGCUUCUCACUGCUCUCAUUUUCCUUCAUUUUCAGCUGAUGAGCGGCACUAAUCCUCGGGGGCCGCUGUCCGCCUGAACUUCUCCAGGACAGACUGUCUCUGCCUGUUUUCUAGAGGACAAACUUCCACUGGAUGUGGAGAAGCAGUGGAGUCCUGAACGAUGUGAAGCUGAAAAUUAGACUCUGGACAGAUGGGUUCAGCCUUUAAGAGGUUUUGCAUGCAGUUCUGCUGCUGCUGCUGCUGUGCUGCUGAUGAAGACGAUGAAGAAGAAAAGCAACCUUUAGUACCUCAGGAUCCGUUGGAGUAUUUUAACCGUGAGGUCCAGAAGCGACGCGAUGAGGAGACCAACUUGUGGAGUACGCCAGGAGACCGCAGCCACUCGGAGAGAGACGAUGACCGGGUCCUUUACGGCCUGCUGCAGGCCAGGACCAAGACCCGCAUGGGAUCAACGGGCUAUCGCCGUCUGAGUGUGGACAUCGAGGCCAUGAGAGAUACUCGUCGAGAAGUCAGAGAGAAAUGGAAGACAAUCUUGGAGAAUUUGGGUUUCAUGACGGAGGCAGAAUCCCUGCUGACGGUGUCUGCUGGGGCAUCACAUGACCGCAUGCGUAACGCCCCUGCAGCACGUGCCAUGCUGCAGGCACUUCAUACUGAGACCUCUAUCUUCUUCAGCGGGGAGCCACCGCCAGAGAGAUAUCUAUUCAUCCUGGACCGCCUCAUAUACCUAGAUAUCGCUGAAGAUUUUCUGGCAAAGGCAAAGCGCUUCUUUCCUCCAACUGAUGGUUCUGAUGAGGAGACCCCUGGCCUUUCCAUAAACCUGCCACUGCUGCUGGCCAGAGUAGAACAAGCCAUGAACGGACGAGAUGAUGAAGACGGUGAGGAUGAAAGCGAAAUAGAGGAUGGAAACUUCAGUGACAGAUCCUAAGAUUUACUGGAUGCAGUUAGAAUGGACACAAACAGGGGGCAGUAGUUAUCAACCUUAGAGACCUUGACAGAAUUACAUGGCUCUUAUCCUUCGAUGUCACUUUCCCAUUUAUAUUUGCUCAUGCUUUUUGGAAGUUUAAAGCUGACUUAUUCUUCCUCUUUCCCCCCAAAUGCACAGCUUGAGUCGUGCUCUGUUUUCUUUGUGAAAAUCUAGAAGUGCUAAGCAGAUCCUCAGGUAAACAUUUUUAAAGAAGUUCUCUGUCUGAGGCCUUUUUUUUAUUUCGGUCUACACAAUAUUUAUCAAAUUCUUACCCUAAUCAUUGUUCAGCUGUUGUGAACCUUCAGGGUAGUGAUGUUCCUUUGAGCAGAGCCUUUUUAUAAUUUGUCCUGUGAUGAUCAGCAUGCAUCUGGUUCAAUCACAUGACCAUAAAAACAGUGAAUAAAUAGCCCAGUAAUCUGUUGUCAGUUUUUCACCAGCACAUGUGUGUGCACAUGUACUCCAUUAAAGUCUGCAUUUGGAUUUAAAUGUUUAAAAGAAAUAGCUGAUGGAAAAGCAAUGUAGUGGGUACUGUAUGUUGAACUUGACUUUCUUUGUAUGACUGAGGUAAUGUACGAGUAUGUGUUGUGGGGUCCAGUUGAGGAUGAAAUAAAGCCUACAGACUGUU